ACGUGGUAUCGCAUCAUACUUUACGCAUUCCUCUUAAUGAACAUGGAUGUUCACGAGCAUGUCGAGGAGUCAAGUGAAGAUAUUAAAACUUUUCGGCAGCUGGGUGUUACUGAUGUGUUAUGUGAAGCAUGCGAACAACUGGGAUGGAAACUGCCAACAAAAAUCCAAAAUGAGGCAAUUCCUGUAGCCUUACAAGGUCGUGACAUUAUUGGUUUGGCUGAAACUGGCUCUGGAAAGACGGGUGCCUUUGCAUUACCUAUUCUUCAAACCUUGCUUGAAGGUCCUCAGAGGCUGUAUGCUUUGGUUCUGACACCAACUAGGGAACUGGCUUUUCAGAUUUCUGAACAGUUUGAAGCUCUUGGUUCUUCCAUUGGCGUUAAAUGUGCGGUUAUUGUAGGUGGAAUUGAUAUGAUGUCACAAGCCCUGACCCUUGCAAAAAAGCCUCACAUCAUUAUAGCUACACCUGGACGUCUUAUUGACCACCUAGAAAACACAAAAGGAUUCAACCUUAGAUCCAUUAAGUACUUGGUAAUGGAUGAAGCUGACCGCAUUCUCAACAUGGAUUUUGAAACAGAGGUGGAUAAAAUUCUAAAGGUUAUUCCGCAAGAUCGUAAAACAUUUCUUUUCUCUGCCACCAUGACAAAAAAGGUGCAAAAAUUACAACGCGCUGCAUUGAAAGACCCAGUCAAAUGUGCAGUAUCCUCGAAGUAUCAGACAGUGGAGAAACUUCAACAGUUUUACAUUUUCAUCCCUUCCAAGUUCAAGGACAGUUAUUUAGUGUACAUUUUAAAUGAGUUGGCUGGAAACUCUUUCAUGAUAUUCUGCAGCACAUGUAACAACACUCAGAGAGUGUCCUCAUUAUUGCGAAAUCUUGGUUUUACUGCCAUCCCUCUUCAUGGACAAAUGAGUCAGAACAAACGGCUGGGAGCUUUGAACAAGUUCAAGGCGAAAUCUCGUUCAGUUCUCCUUGCCACUGAUGUUGCAAGUCGUGGACUUGAUAUUCCACAUGUGGAUGUUGUGAUAAAUUUUGACAUUCCGACCCACUCUAAGGAUUAUAUACACAGAGUGGGAAGGACUGCACGUGCUGGAAGAUCAGGAAAAGCAAUUACUUUUGUAACACAGUAUGAUGUUGAGCUCUUUCAAAGGAUUGAACAUAUAAUUGGUAAAAAGCUUCCAGCCUUCCCUACACAAGAAGAAGAAGUGAUGUUCCUGAAUGAACGGGUAGCAGAAGCUCAAAGAUUUGCCCGUGUUGAGUUAAGAGAACACAGUGAAAAGAAAAAGCGUACACGGGAAGAGGAAGAAGACACAGAAGGCUCUUUUGGAGUGAGAAAAAAAAUUGCCGGAGGAAAAUUGAAAAAAAAAAAAAUUCACUGACUACAAAAAACUGAAAAGAACAGAUUUUUGAACAUGCUAGUAAACGAAAAUUUUUGUAAAGGUGUCCAUAAAUUAAGUUUAUAUGUAUUUGCAUAUUGAAAAAAAGUAUAUAAACAAAACUCCUUUUGCACUCAGUGUAAACAAUGUGUGAAAAUUAACCAGACAAAAUAAACAUAAAAUUAAAACACUGCACUCUCUAAUGCCAAGAUAAAUGACAGCAGAAUAACUA